GAGAAAGGGGCGGGACAGAAAGGCGGAAGUGUUGCAGUUGAGGUGUAUGUGCACGCUUUACCUGUACAUAGCGGGGAUGCAGCAGACAGGAUCUGUACAGCAGAAGAUCCCAUGUGUAUUCCUGACUGAGGUGAAGGAUGAGCCGUCUUCUAAGCGGGAACAUCAGAUGUUUAAGGUGGUGGCUACAGAGACUCUCCAUCCUUUGGCACUGAAUGCAGAUAUUCACAAUGCGCUGCCUACCGAGAAAGUAGACGGUACAUGCUGCUAUGUUGCUAAUCACAAAGGUUGCCCAUAUUUGUGGGCUCGUUUUGAUAGGAAGCCAACAAAGCAAGCUGAUAAGAAAUUUAAAAAGCACAUUAUUUCAAAAGGAAGCUCCACAGACUUCGUUUGGAAUGUUGAUGAGGACUUCAGACCUGUUCCUGAUUUCUGGAUUCCAGCAAAAGGUGUGAAAAGGGUAAAUGGAAAGCCAUACCCUGAUGAAAAUGGUCAUAUACCAGGUUGGGUGCCUGUGGAGAAUGGCAAUAAGCAGUACUGCUGGCAUUCAAGUGCUGUAAAUUACACAUUAAGUGUUGCUUUAGUACUAAAACCACAGUUGGAGGAUCCAGAAUCUUUGGAGAUCUGUCUUGUUCACUUGACGGAUCUUCUUGAACAAACUCUGGAACUUGUAGGAACCAAUAUAAAUGGAAACCCAUAUGGUAUUGGCAAUAAGAAGAAUCCAAUUCAUUUCCUUGUCCCUCAUGGCACAUUUCUCAUUAGGAAUCUCCCAGCUCUGACUCGUAAUAGUCUUAUAUCCUGGUUUAAUCAUUGUCAGGAGGGAAAAGUUGAAGGAAUUGUAUGGCACUGCAAAGAUGGAUCUUUAAUAAAGCUUCAUCGCCAUCAUCUUGGAUUACCCUGGCCACUUAAGGAUACAUACCUGAAUUCAAAACCCGUUUUCAUUCGAAUGAAUUUAUGUAAAUAUGAAGAGGCUUCCCACUGUUUAACACAAUUUGCAAAAGUAGAUGCUCUGCAAUACGACAGCUUAAAAGAUGUUUUAUUGGACUGAUAAGUAAAUACUGAUGAGUGAUCAGGUUGGACCAAACUUGUAUGAUAAACACGUAAAGUUUGAGCACGUUAUAUUGCCACUUGACAACAAAGCUGCCUUUUUGAAAGGUAAAUAUGAGGUACACGAAAUAAAACAUGUAAAGUGUUAAUGGUUUAAAUUAAACUUUUUUUUUUUUGCUGUCAUUUAGUUAAGGCCUGCAUGUAGUUAAUUUGACAAUUGCCCAGCACUUUUGGCGAUUUAUUUAUUUUUUAAAGCUGCAUGUUACAGGGAAGGUCUGUUUUGAGUAUGUUCUCUAUUAAAGCUUACCAGUCCUUGUGUCUGCA